ACGAAACUCCGCCCCCCACGGCUUUCGAGCUCAACUCCAUUACAAAUAGUGAUACUUGGAAAAUGUGGAACUGGGAAGAGUUCAACAGGAAAUACACUUCUGGGCUGUGAAGAAUUCAGAAUCCAAAGCAUGGGUCUAUUUACUUCUAUGCAUUGUAUAAAGAGAGAUACAAUUAUUGAUGAUCAGAACAUCACUGUAAUUGACACACCAUGCUUAUUUAACAAAGAGAUAACAUCUGAAAUUAAUAGAAGCAUUGAGCUGACAUCACCAGGACCUCAUGUAUUUCUUAUAGUGCUGCAAGCUGGUUAUUUUACUAAGAACGAAAGACAAACAGUGAAAAUUUUGCAGGAAAUCUUUGGUGAGGCGGUUUUUAAAAAUGCCGUAAUCCUUUUCACUCGUGGAGACGAUGUGUCAAGUGGAUCAAUAGAAGUGUUCAUUCAAAGGCACAAGGAAUUGAAAGAGCUUCUAGAGAUGUGUGGAAAAAGAUACCAUGUGUUCAACAAUACACUGAAGGAAGAUAACGAGCAGAGGAAAGAGUUCUUGGAAAAAAUAAAUAAAAUGAUGCAGUUGAACACAGGCCUCUGUUACAGAAGAAAACAAGAGAUCCUAAAGGCAGAAAAAACCCUGCCUAAACGGAGAAGCAGCAUCGAUCAACCUCCAAACAUGGCAGAAUCAGAAACUAUCAAGCCUGUCAACUACUGUAAAUGUCAGAAUGGUAUUACUGAGAGAAGUGUGACAAAACCACCAUCUAAAACGACAAAGAUUAAUGAUGCAAUAGUCCAUAACAAAGAAGUGGAGCCUUAUUCGGAAACCGAAGAGCAUCUUAGAGUAGCAUUAAUUGGGAAGUGUGGAUCAGGAAGAAGUGCAUCGGGUAAUACCCUAUUGGGACGAGAAGAGUUCAAGUCCUUCAUUUAUAACUCAACUUCCACCAAUGAGAGUAAGAAAGAGAAGACACAAUUUGAUGGAACGAAUGUCACCGUGAUUGACACUCCAGGUCUCUUGGACACACGGCUUCCACCUGAAAAAGUGAAAGAGCAUCUUGAACAGUGUAUUAAGAUUUCUUCUCCAGGGAUCCAUGCUUUUCUGCUGGUUAUUCAGGUUGGUUGCUUUACAAUAGAGGAAAAGAAAGCAGUUGAAGAAAUAAAGGAACUAUAUGGAGAUACAGUUACCAAAUACAUGAUAAUCCUUUUUACUUAUGCCGAUAAUCUGCAGGGCCUGACAAUUCAGCAAUAUGUCAAUGGUGCAAAUAAAGAUCUCAGAUCUUUAAUCGAGUUGUGUGAAGGCCGUUACCAUGCCUUCAAUAAUAAAAAUCCCAGAAACCGUAUGCAAGUCAUAGAACUUCUGGAUAAAAUUGAACAAAUGGUGAAACAAAAUGGAAAUACUUGCUACACAUUGGAAAUGUACCAACACGCACAAAAAGCGAUCAGUGAAAAAGACCAGGAGAUAAAGAGAAAAUGUGAAGAGGAACAUAAAAGGAAGGAAGAGGCAAUAAGGAAAAAAUAUGAGGAUGAUUUCAAAAUAAAGCAAAUAGAAUUCAAAAAAUUAUUUGAAGGAAUCAAGAAGAAAGAGGAGGAAAUUAAAAAGAAAAGUGAAGAACACCAAGAGAAAGAUGAGUUACUGAAGAAAAACAGAAUUGCAGAAAGAAAAGCAAAAGAGGAACUGAAGAAAACAGAAGAAGAGUUGAAAGUGCAACAUGAUGAAGCAAAAAAAAAGGAUGCAGAGUUGAAAAAAAAAUAUGAGGAGGAACAACGGCAAAAAGAAGAGGAACAGAGAAAAAAAUAUGAAGAAGAAAAACGAAAAGAAGAGAUAAUUAGUAAAACAGAAGAAGAAAAGCUAGAGAAAGACCUGAAACAAAAAUACGAUGAAGAGGCCAGGGGGCAAGGGGGGAAGAUAGUGGACAGAGUUCAGCAUCCUGACAGCUUGGUGGAUGAAGCUGUUAGACAGUCUUGUGGAGCGGGCCCGGAGGCCCAGGUACCUUUUCCAUUAAGGGAGGAGACUAAAAAGGGAGUGAAAGGGGUGGGAGGAGUCUCCAGCAAUGCUGAUGGCUCUACAGGUGAGACAGGUGUGGAAAAUGUCCUUGAGGGAGGGCAUUGA